AUGGAGCUCCUUAUGGCAGCCGGGCUUGGGGCCAAAGCAAGGGCCCUGGGUGGUCCGAUUUGCGUGUCGGAUGACACGAUGCAUCACUUGACAUCUGAUGAGCUCUUCAGUUACAACAGAGAAAAUUUCAAGUUCGAUCAAGACCAGCGCAUUGAGCGCGAGGCUUUGCGAUUGGAGAUGCAAGUGAAGCGGUUCGAACUUUUCAGAGAGGAUGUGCGAGAUUUGGUGGAGCUUACGGUGGACCGGAUGGACGUUUAUCACUUGGUGGGAGCACUGUUCUUGGAGUUUUGCAUUGUCCUUUUUUGUGAAGGGCGAGUGCAGGCUUCAGCGCCCCCAUUCUUGCUAUCUUUGUUCUUGCUGUCCAAUGCGUGCGCCUUCAUCUACCUGUUGUUGGCGGUCUGGCUCAGCAUGCAUGCCUCCAUUGCAUCACACAGCUUUGGUGUCCGCUUGCUUACGAGAUUUGUGCGCUUGCCAAUCCCUAGCAUGAAGCAAAUAGCAGGCCUCAGGAGCACGCUCAAAGACUAUGAGCGGCAGGGUGUCGCCAAUUUGCUGCGCUUGCCUUUCCAGGAUCAGCAGGAAUGGCAGCAGGUGGAGCUCCGUCAACGCCAUGAAACAUGCAAGACUUGCAUUCCGACCUACUAG